AUGGCAUCACCCAGAUGGAAGAAGCUAUAUGAAUACGCAGCAUGUGACCUCGCUGAUGGCCUACUGAAGCUACACGUACCAGGCGCGGGUUUCCUCGCUGAUAUCAGGCCGCUGCUUCAUACAGCCAGCAUUCCCAAGCCUGAGCUUAAAAAGGUCCUCGCGCCUGCGUCGACCUUCCUCAUGAUUCCGAAAGCGACCAAGUCGUUCCCGAGCCCUCCCAAGAUGGCGGACAGCAUUCCAGCUUCCAAUCUCGCAGACUCCCGACCAUAUGCAGACUACACCGAGAGCGGCACCAUUGUAGUCAUCAGCCAGCCUCCAGGGCAGUCGUGCGCGGUCGUCGGCGGGAUCAUGGCGGCUCGCAUGCAGCAUCUCGGUGCAGAGGGUAUCGUAGUCGACGGUCGCGUGCGGGACAUCACUGCGCUGAACCAGACGCAGCUGCCCAUCUGGUCCAAAGCGACGUCUGUCAUCGGCGCGGGGGCCGAGACUAAGUUUCAUGCACACAAUGUACCCGUGAAGAUUGGCGAGACGGUGGUCGAAGCCGGCGACAUCAUCAUGAUCGACCCGUUCGAGAAUGGCGUGGUCGCGGUGCCACAGGGCAAAGUAGACGAACUGCUCGAUCUACUACCGAAGCUGAUCGAGGCGGACGAGAGGGUGAUUGCGAAUGUGGGCGGCGGAAUUAGCCUCUCGUUUCCCAUCGCCCAACACCUCCGCUACCACCCGCACCCACACUCGAGGACCCCCAAUUGCCCCGGAGCCACCACAAUGGGUAUCACCGAUUUCUUCUCCGACGUCUGGGAGACCUUCUCCCACCCCUCGGCCGACGCCGAGGGCCAACCGCCCGUCCAAGGUGGCACCAGCACCCAGACGCCUGCGUCCGGCACCGACGAGGAGAGCGGCGACGAGGCCGAGGUCAACAAGCAGGAUGCGAAGAAGGGCGGCGACUCGGGCGAGCAGGGACACAAGCCGAGCGGCGAUGACGAGGAUGAGCCUGAGGAGGAGGAAGAGGACGAGGAGGAGCCCGACCCAAAGGAGAAGCUUGAGCAGGAAUGCGCCGAGUCGAAGGAAUGCCACGGCCCCAAGCACCACUACGACGAGUGCGCCCAACGGGUAACAGGCCAGAUCGAGAACGACGGCAAGGCCAGCGAGGACUGCGUUGAAGAAUUUUUCCACCUCGCCCACUGCGCGUCCCAAUGCGCCGCCCCCAAGCUCUUCGCCCAGCUCAAGUAA